CACGUGGAAUCGUGGGCUAAUCGCAUCCAUCGAUGCAACUUCCAGCGUGCCCACAACAGACUGAGGUGGUUAUCACGAAUGGGACUAGAUGUCUCUGGCUUCUACGUCAACAUGGCGUCUCAAGGGAAGAAGGCCAAGAAGGUGAAAGGGAAGACAGUUGCACUAACAGAGUUCCUUGCUGAUAACAAUGAGGAUCCUGGGGAUGGAAGAGCAGUUGUUCAUGUUCCAAAGAAAUCCUACAGCUGGGCUGAUGAAGUUGAUGAUGAUGAUGUUCUUAAUACAGAGAGAGUGGUAUUACCUACUGCUCCAAAGGCAUCUCGGGGGCCUGAUGUUGACCCAGACAGAAUACCCUCAGAGCCACCCUUCACCGUCCGUGUCUCCAAUCUUUCAUAUGACCUAGAUUUGGAGGACAUUCAAAAGUUCUUCAAAGAACUUAAGGUUGCAGACAUAAGGCUGCCUCGAGAGAAUGGGGACUCUGGGAGACUCAAGGGCUAUGGAUUCAUAGACUUUGAAGAUCAGCAGAGUCUCUUGGAAGCACUGGCCAUGAAUGAAUUGGCAUUGAAAAACAGGAAGGUGAGGAUAGACUUAGCAGGAUUUGAUGACAGAAGUGGAGGGGGGAUGGGUGGCAGAAGAGGUGACAGAGAUAGGGACAGAGACAGGGACAGAGGUGAUGACCGCACCCUCGGAGAUUGGAGGUCAGCUCGAGAUGAAGAGAGAGGUCCUCCUCCUCCCACACAAUCAUAUCGCAAUGCUUGGUCUCUGGUCCUGAAUCCUCAGGUUUUGAUAGAGAACGUGGUUAUGGAAGAGACCGAGGAUUUGAAAGGGAUGGACGGUAUGGUGGUGAUCGUGCCUUCGACAGACGAGAUCGAGGGUUUGACCGGGAUCGGGACCGUGGCUUUGAUCGAGACAGAGGCUUUGAUAGAGACCGCGGUUUUGACCGGGACCGUGGCUCUGAUGGAGUUCGUGACCGUGGCUUUGGGGACAGGGAUCGUGAUCGAGGUUUUGGGGACAGGGACAGGGACCGUGAUCGAGGCUUUGGAGAUAGAGACCGGGACCGUGAUCGAGGCUUUGGGGACAGGGACCGUGAUCGACGCCCAGACAGAGGGUUUGAGAGUCGAGGUGGAGGUUUUGAGAGCCGAGGUGGAGGUUUCGAGAGCCGAGGUGGAGGGUUUGAGAGUCGAGGUGGGGGGUUUGAGAGUCGAGGCGGAGGGUUUGGAAGCCGUGGCCAAGAAGAUGACCGUGGCUUUCCCAGGGAACGGGAUAGGGGAUUCAGUGAUCGAGGGCCUGACAGAGGUCGGGGAACACGAAGAGAAGACUCAGAGAGGGAUAGAGACAAAGAUGAAGAAAGUCGAUCCUCAUCAAGAGGCUCUGAGCCUGGUUGAGGGGAAUCGUGAGCGGCCACGGUUGAAGCUGCAACCACGUACUGCCCCAAUUGAGGAAGUAGGCACCCCUGCAACAGCUUCCACAACUAUAUUUGGUGGAGCCAAGCCAGUGGACACUGCUGCACGGGAAAGGGAAAUUGAGCAGAGGCUCCUUCGGGAGAACGUCAAUUCGGAUCACCCAGCUGGGCCAGGAAGUGAAGCAGGAAGAAGCCCAAAAGCCAGGUCACAAUCCCCUCCCCUCCCCUCCCAAGUCCAGAGGAAGACAGACUCUUCAAAGCCAUCUCAUGACCAUGAUCGAGACCAUGGAGAACGAGACACUGAGAGUCCAAGUGGAGAAGUACGAAAAGCACCUCCACCACAACGCAAGGGUGAAGAAGGGCGAGGGAAUCGGAAAAUGGAAAAAGGAGGUUCCACUUCACGCCCCUCACGUUCUCCCAAGGAGUAUGAACCUGCUCCUCCUCCAAACUACGAAAUGGCAAAUAAGUUUGCAGGGCUUCAGGUUGAAGAUGUCGAAGAUGAUGGAGAGAAUGUUGGCCUCACAGCCAACGAGAGGGCUUUGGAUGCGUUGGAUGUCUUCCUCGUGCUUGUGUUCUCGUCACUGUGCUGGGUGUCCAGGCCUUUCGAGCAGAUCGUGCGCUCUGAGCUCAUUCGCGUCAUUUCAAUCCUUUCCCCAUGCUCUCAGAAGGUAAGCCGGACUCUGAAGAGUCCCUUUUUGGCUUCGCCUGGCUCCUCAGUUGACCUGGAGUUGCUCCUUCGGUACCGGUACAUGGGCAACAUUUUGAUGGAAUUGAGAGAUUUGUCGUUUAAGAUAUCUCCUCACUCUGUCUCAUCGAUACCUCAAUUUGCAUUUGAUCUUGAUCAAGCUGGGGCAGUGGGGGGAGGAGGAUCGGGUGGAGGUUGGAUACCGAGGCCAGAGCAGCGUGUCAUGUGCCCGCCGGGCCUGGAGUACCUCACCAUGGUCGAUCAGCUUCUCAUUCAGCAGAAGGUGGAGCUGCUCGAAGCAUUCACGGGUUUCGAGACGGCCAACAAGUAUUCGGUGAAGAACAGCAUGGGUCAGAGGGUCUACGUGGCAGCGGAGGAUUCGGAUUGCUGCACCAGGAACAUCUGCGGGCCGAUUCGGCCGUUCGGCAUGAAGAUCUUCGACAAUCACAAGAAGGAGGUGAUGCACCUCUACCGGCCUCUCAUGUGCGAUUCGUGUUGGUUCCCCUGCUGCCUUCAGGAAUUGGAGGUGUCGGCGCCGCCGGGUCAGCUGAUCGGGAUGGUGCAGCAAGAGUGGAGCAUCCUCACGCCGGAAUUCCGGAUCGUGGAUGCUGUGGGCAACAAAUUGGCCCACAUCUCUGGCCCUUUCUGCACUUUUAGCCUCUGCGGGGAUGUGGAAUUCCAGGUCUUUUAUCCUCUUCUUCCUCGUUUCAGGCAACGGGUGCGUGUACGAAUCCAGGUGAAGGCCGUGGACGGGAUGACGAUCGGGAAGAUCAGCAAGCAAUGGUCGGGACUCGUCAAAGAGGCAUUCACGGAUGCGGAUAACUUCGGCGUCUCUUUCCCUCUCGAACUGGACGUGAACCUCAAGGCGUUGAUCCUCGCUGCCACCUUCCUCAUCGACUUCAUGUUCUUCGAGAAAAAGGGGAACAAGGAGAACGACGGCCUGGGCAUGUUCUGAUCGUCCAUCCUGGUAGCAGGAGAAAAGCGACGAUCCUCCGUUUCCUCCAUUUUAAUGACUCUUCUACUACAGCUGAGAAACUGUCCGAACCGAAGCGUUCAUUUUCGUGAUAUAAUUCAUCGGCGACAUCGCUCUGAGGGAUUCGUCUCGAAAGAGGGACUGAUGCUCGAAAUACCCUUCGUUUUCGGACGGCUUCCAGUGAGGGAUCUCGCUUAAAUGUAUCACGGGGAGAAAUGUCGGUCAGAAACUUGAGAGAGGAGAGUCUUCGCCUGCACUUUCCUGUUUCCGGUCGAAAACUCCUCGAGAAACGAUAUUCCAAAGAUGAAUUGCUUCUCGGUCCCUUGUACUUCCUUUACG